AUGAAAGAUUUAUACUACUCAUACAUUAACAGUGCCCUUAUCCUAAGACACUAUGACAAUAAACUUCUGUUAGUUAGUGGUAAUAAAAUAAAAUUUUACACAUAUGAGGAAAUUAAGAAAAUAGUUCGAGCACAAAAUAUAGCCAUAUACGGUGUGGACUAUAUAAAUAAAAAUGAGAAAAUUGUACACAUUUCGAAUAAUGUAAAAUUAAAGGCCCCUAUAAGAAUGAGCGAGUCUCGCGUUGGGAUAACCAACAUCCCUUCUUUCAAUAAUGAUACUGAUUUAGCUACUGAUGGUAAAAGGGACGAUAAUGCACAUAAAGGAGAUUCACAUAAUGGUGAUUCACAUAAUGGUGAUUCACAGAAUGGAGAUUCACACAAUGGAGAUUCACACAAUGGAGAUUCACACAAUGUUGAUUCACACAAUGUUGAUUCACAUAAUGCUGAUUCACAUAAUGUUGAUUCACGCAGUGCUAACGAACACAAUGACAACGAAGUUCCUGCUGGAGGAGGAUCGGGAAGAGCGAACAAGACAUUGGAUGACGCAAAGAAGAAGGGAAAAAUCCCCAAGACUGAAAUAAACCAUGUUUGUAUCGCCUUCGAACAUGGAAAUGUAUGUAUUUUCUCAGAAGAUGAAACGAAUAAAGUGUUCAUAUAUGAAAAGUUAAUAUACCGAAAAGUAUGUGACAUAAUUAAAAUUGAAAUAUUUGCAUCGAAUAAUGAUCUUAACUGUUUAAUUUUGUACAAAGAUUACACUUUAAUUUUGUACAAGGAUAAAUACCUGAGUUCUGUUAAGCUUUCUACUCAUGAAUAUACAUAUAAUUUCUGCGUCAGCACCAACUAUCAAAAUAUGGCCGUUUUUAAUCACAACAAUAUGUAUAUUUAUGAUAUUUCGAAAAAGGAUCUUUGUGUUGACAACAAGGCAGAGGAAGAGGGAGAAGGAGGAGGAGGUGCUUACAACUCAAAUGGACAAAACCAGAAUGACAGUAGUAAUGACUUUGUUGAAGUGAAGAAUGUCUUCGAUUUUUCGAAAAAUUACAAAAAUAUCUUGAACUGUGAUUGGCACCCAAAAAGUCAUUGCAUAUCAUUGUGCGGGAAAAAAACGGUUAGAUACUUAACCAUUUACAACUACAAGGUAUACGAAUUUUCUGGAGCAGAAAUACAUGAAUCAUUUAUUAAUGCCACCAAAUUCAUUACCAUUUUAGAUAAUGUAAUUUUACUCACUACUUUAAGUUGUGAUGAUUACCUAUUUUGUGUGUGGGAAUUUGAAUUGGAAUAUUGUUUAUACAAAUUUAAGAGUGAAUAUCUGAUAUCUCAUUUUGACCUUUCCUAUUUUAAUGACUACUUACAUAUAUCCAUACUAGCAGAGGAAAAACAAUUAGCAAAUGUAAAGUUAUUGGGAAAAAAAAUUUUACAAAAAAUUGAAUGGAAUGGCUCAGAAAAGGAUGGAAUUAGUGCCGAAGAAGCAGAUGAAAAGGAUUCUUCCAAUUUGGAACACUCAAAUAUGGGUAAAACAACUCAUAUGAAACAAAAUAUAAACGAUAUUGCUGAUAUUUUGAAGGAUAAUAAUAACUACCAUUUCGAUAAGAAGAAGAAAAAAGUCAAGACAAAGAACACUUCUACCUUUUUAAAUGAAAGGAGAAAAAUAAGUAAUGAAAUACACGAAGAUUAUAACGAUAGGAGAAGAAAUAGCGAAUUGCAUUCAGAUGAUUACAACUUUCAUGUAAAUAAUGUAAAAAAGAGGAAAAAAAAAAUAUUUAGUGAUGAUAAUGAAGAAAGCAAAGACACAUUUAUCAACAUUUCACAUAAAAAAGUUGCAAGAGAUCGAGAUUUACAUGCGAUGAGUAAAAGAGAAGACAAACAAGAUGAAUACUAUGAAAAUAAAAAGUUAGACAGAAUGAAUCAUCUAGCAUAUACAGAAAAGGAUAAUGAUUAUCAAUACAAUAGUGACGAAAAUGAGAAACACAUUUUUCAAAAAGAGAAACGUCAGAACAACCCACUUAGAGAAGAUAAUGAAUACAAUCCGAAGGAAUAUAAUAUACAAGAUUUCAUAAACAAAAAUAAAGAUGUCAUACGAAAUUAUAACCAAGGGGGAACAGAUCCCCUUUUUGAAGACAGCAAUUACCUUUUUGAUAAUGAUGAUGAUCAAAAAAGUGUAAUUGGAUUGAACACCUAUGUAAAAGACAAAUUUGAUCAAUUAAGAGAAUUAAAAAAACAAGUAGAUUUAUUACAAAAACAGAUUAAUGCUUAUACGAAAAUUAAUUAUGACGAUUUUAUUGUCCUCAGUCCAGGGUUGUGUGAAGAACCAGAAAAUAUAAAUGAUCAGUGGUGUAUGUUUUGGAAUGAUAUAGGUCAUAUAACAAAGAAAAAAGAAGGAAAUAAAACCUACAUAUAUGUAUUUCUCUUCAGAGGGGAAGAUAUUGGGAAAAAAAAAAUUACAGAUAUUUACAACGUGACAGCUGCAUCUUUAAGUGCUUAUGGAUUUGCCUUAGCAUCAAAUCCUUAUGAAAAAUCUUUUUCAAAAAUUAAUAGCAUAUUAUGUUUUCAUAAUUUAAGAGAUAAUGUAAUAUGGAAUAAGUAUUUACCAAAUGAUGAAUUUAUAAAAGGAGUAGCCAACGGAAAUAAUUUUGUAGCUAUUGUUACAUCUACCAAUUUUCUCAGAAUUUAUUCAGCAUAUGGAUAUAUAAUCAAUACAUUUUUAUUGAAAGGGUUACCCGUAGCUAUAUGUGCAUAUGAUUACCUACUCUUUGUUAUUACAUGUCAAUUCAUUUUUGAAAAUGUAUCUACGUACAAUAUAAAUAACACCUACAAUUGUACACUUUACAAAAUUAAUGAAAAUUUCACCAAUUUAAAAUCACACAAGUAUAAUACAUAUCAUAUAACAAUCUUAUAUGAUGGUAUUUUAUCUCUUCCAUCAUGUCAUUAUUUAAAUUGGGUUAACAUGUCCAACUUUGGAGUUCCAUAUGUUAGGGACACAUCUAACUAUAUAUAUGGAUUAUAUCCAUUAUUUAAAAAUAGUAAUAAUCAUAUUGUAUACGAUUGGGUUCCAGUAUUUGAUUUCAACAAUCUAAAUAAAAUAGAAUCCAUGGAAAAUAAUGCUAACACACAAAAUAUAAAUCAACAAUAUAGUAACUUGAAAAAUAAUAACACACAUUAUUCAGAAAAUGAUCCACAAGAGGAUGAAGAUGAUAAAAGUAAAAAUGAAGAAGAUAUCAAUAAUUACCCAAGGGAAGAACAACUUACAAACAAAGAGUGUAUCUACUAUCCUCUAUAUUUUGAUAAUUUCGAACACAUAUCAGUUAUCAAACUAAAUAAAAAUGAAAUCGAACCUAGGUCUAACAAAAUAGAAAGCUGUCUAGGUUACAACGUGGAAAAGAAAUAUAUACUCAUGAAUGAAUGUAACUUGAUUAAGUAUGAAAAAUUUGUUAAAUUAAUACAAACCAACCCGAAUUUAUCGCUAGACAAUGAUUCAAAUAAUAACGAAUUUGCAUCAUUGCCUUGGGAACAAUAUGAUGAAAUGAGAUCUCGAGUAGACCUUUUCUGCAAACAGUUAUUUGCAAAUAUAUAUUAUGACUAUAUGAAUGAUGGGAAAAAUAAAAGUGCUAAUGAUACAUUAAAGUCCUUAAACAAAUUAUAUGAUAAAUGGAUUAUGCGAAUGUUUGCUAUACUAAAAAAUGAUAAAAAAAAUCAAAAACUAGCUGUGAAAACAUCCAGACUAUUUAAAAAUAUUAAAAAUAUGAUGUUGUCUAUAAGUCUAGUAGAUGAUGAAUAUAGCACAUUACACAGUGAAAUUACAAAUGAAUAUUUAAAAAGACAAAUAAAAGAUGAAAAUUAUAAAAAUAUGGAAGAUAAUUCACAUUAUUAUGAGGAUUAUAAAGAUGAUGAACAGAAACGGAAAGAAAUAUACGAAAAAUACUGCAACAACAAUCAAUAUAUAUCAGAAGAUGAAAAGAAAAAAUUUCCAGACAUUAAACAAACUAGUCAACAGCAUGUUAAAUCAGUAAAAGUUCAGGUAGAAAAUAGGGAAAAAAAAGAAAACGGAUUUCUAGAUAAGUUCUUUACUGGGGUGACAAAAAACCAGUGCGUUGAUAAUCUAUUUUCGCAAGAAAAAAAAACUACUCAGAUUAAAAAGAAAAAUACCUUAGAGAGUUUCUUUUCCGAAUUAAAGGAGAACUGA